AUGUAUCUCCUCACUCUUGUCCUUGGGAUUGUGCUUCUCCCUGAAGCCUUUACCCUGAGAUGUUAUGAGUGCACAUCAACACUGGCUGGAACCUGCCCUGAGACAACAACACAAUGUCCUUCAGAGAAGAAUCAGUGUGCUGCACUAAGAGUUGUGUCUUAUGCAGGUGGUUCACAAAAUAUAUACUGGACUGAAAAAUCAUGUGCUGUGUCUGAGGAGUGUGGAGAGCACUCACUCAACUUUGGAGUCUCCAGAAUCGUACGUAUAAGCAAGUGUUGUAGCUCUGACCUCUGCAACAUCCAACGUGUCCCAGAGCCCAGGGAAACCAAUCCAAAUGGCAGGAAGUGCUUCACUUGUGACGAACAAACAUGCAAUGCAACUCUAAACUGCCUGGGGAAUGAGGACCGCUGCAUCUCAGCAACAGUGAAGAAAACUCAACAAAAUGAGACUAUGAAGGGCUGUGCGUCUAAGGCACUCUGCUCGAAUAAGGAAUUUGCACGGAUCAUAGGACACUCAGCAACAAGAUGGAGGUGCUGUUAUGGCGACUACUGCAACAGUGCCAGCAGUACAAGUGCUGGCCUCAUGCUGCUGGUGGCACCACUGAUCUCUUUGGUUCUGAGCUGA